AUAUUUGCAUUUUACUUUUACAAAUUAAAUUAGUGUAUAACUAUAUUAUGUACUAGUGCGUUUAAUUCGUUUAUUAAUUACGAGGAAAAUUUAGUACAUCGAAAUUAUAGCAAUUUUUUUAUUCUAUAGAUAUCUAAAAAAUAGCAUCGAUUCCAUCUCUGCUCCCCCACUUCCUCUCCCAAGUGAGCAAGUGCAAUGAACGAUCAGGAGAGUGCGGAGGGAUGAACCAGUGACGUAUCACGCGCAAGCGUCCGACGUCACCGUCGACGAUACAUUAUCGGGAUGUACGAAGAGGGAACGAAAGUGUGCGCGUAGGUGCGGAUCAAAAUCGGGGGCGCGAUUUCCCGAAUCUUCUUCCAAGCGCCAACGAAUCGCUCUCAAACAAUGUUAUGAUAUCAUCUCAAUAUGAAUGAGCAAUUUGAAUAUUAAAUUAAAUUAAUUAGUAAAAUUCAUUCAAGAUUGUAAUAACGAUUGAGCUGUACGCGGUCACUAAUUGAUGUGCCUGAAAAAUAUCAAUAAAAGACAAUGGGAUCAAUGGUGACAUUUAAUCGCGCGAUGGUGAGCAGCCAUCCCGGGCAAGCGCUAAUACAGUAAAGGGACAAAAGGGUUGCGGGGCAGGAGGAAGGGCGAGGGCAAGGGCGAGGAUGCGGCGCCACGAUGUGUUGUUCGCGUUAAAGGAACGAGGAGGGGGUGCAAAGUAGGAAGAACAGGGAGGAGGAGAGAGCGAGCUCGGUGCAUGUGAGGGAGAGGGAGCGGAAGCAAGCGAGAGAAGCGAGAGGGAGAGAGAUACGUAGGUGAUACACACACGCACGAUGGCCGUGCGCCGAGACGGCGAGGCCAGGUCGCGACGGCGACAGUGAGGGGGACGGCCGAGUCGCAGCCGCGGGGCGUAAAUACGUGUGCGCGGCACCGGGAUGCCCGGUUGAUCCCGGUGGGACACGCGCGAUCGUAUGCGGACACGAGGGAUCGACGGAACAUCGCUGUGGUGACGACGACGACGACGACGACGACGACGACGACGACGACGACGACGACGACGAAAACCGAAGACGGCGCCGGCGGGCGGGUUUUCACGUUCGAAUCGAUAAUUCGAGCGCGAUCGUGGGCAGCGUGGCGGACAAGAGACUCCCUCAAAUAAGGAGGACUUCGGACGAGUCUCGCGGGUCCACCCUCGCCCGCUCAUCUUCUUCCUCUAUCUUCGCCUCCUCUUUCCGUGGGAUACGAAUUACGUGACGAAGUGAUAAGGGAGCUCACGGCGGCAGCGAACGCAUCGUCGCUACCCUAGUUUUAAUAUCAGUGCCGCGCUACCUAUAUCCGGCGGUACACCCUCGGGUCUUCCGGCUGGAGUACGGUACUCGUGAUACAUAACAGCAGACGGCGACGAUGCACGGCGAUAAAGGGUUGCAGACAAUGAGAUGCAGAUCGCGUAAUCUGCAGGCGCGUCGCAGGAGGUGGCCUUUACGAUUGGGCCUUUUCCUGAUUUACGUCCUCAUACAGUAUGUUUCCUCCACGAAAGUUCCUUCUUCGACCGAGACGACAGUAAUGCCGUCAUCGAGUUCUGCGAAAUGGACAUCGGAGCCACCGGUAUCUCCGAUCAUCUCCACCGAGGAGGAAGAACCGAUAGAAGAAGACUCGACGGUCACCGAGGAAGAAUCGAGGAAGACAGGCCAUACGGAAAGAUCUAAAACCGAAACGUCAAAGGGUCUUGGGCGCGCGAAAACCGAGACGGGCGUGAGAGAUCUGUCUAAGGAAACCAAGAUCAAGGAAAAGGAAACCGAGACACUACCGCCGAAACAUGAUCAAAACAACAUCACCACGGUUGCUCCAACCACUCAAAUGACUACGAGAUAUCCGUAUCCCACGGUGAGACCGCGAAGAACCAAUUGUUCGGCACCCGCCAUAGAGCAGUUUCCACGACCGUUGAUGGGCCCCGAAGCCAGAAAACACGGCGGGCUUAUAAUACACAUUCUGGCUGCUAUCUACACGUUCCUAGGUCUCGCAAUCGUCUGCGACGAUUACUUCGUUUCGAGUCUAGAUAGGAUCUGCGAAGAACUGAGAUUGUCUCCCGAUGUCGCCGGUGCCACUUUUAUGGCGGGCGGCGCUUCUUUCGCCCCACCGGACGACAUCGGAGUCAGCGGCGUUAUCGGCAGCGCUGUCUUCAAUAUAAUGUUCGUUAUAUCGAUCUGCGGCCUAUGUUCCGCGACGGCCGCAAAGUUGAAUUGGUGGCCUCUCUGUCGAGACUGUUUUUUCUACGCUAUUUCGAUCCUCGUGAUGCUCGGUACGAUUUACAACGAGUCUAUAUCUUGGAUGGAAUCCCUCUUCAUGUUAAUCAUGUACGCAGUUUAUUGCGUGGCGCUCUCGUUCAAUGUUAAAUUGGAACGUUGGGCGAAAUCGUACAAUAUUCCGUUCCUGCCGAAAGACGAUGAACCCGCUGAGGAAAGCGCUCUAGUGAGCUACAGAUCCUUACAGGAGGAUCGAUUAUCCUACACUGGUCCUAACUCGCCGGUCACCGAGCAAAUGAAGAAUCAAGAAGGAAAUGGCAUUCAAGAAACGAUUGAACAACAGCAGCAGCAACAACAGCAGCAACAGCAACAGCAGCCGCCGGCACCGAGGCAGCCUGAGUAUUACAAAGCAAAAGAGCCCAAUCCUAACGAAGUAUCGCCCCUUGUGAUGCCAACGGAUGGUAGCAAAUGGACCUUGUUCACUUGGGGCCUCGUGUACCCCAUCCACUUCAUGUGCCGGGCGACAAUGCCAGAUUGCCGGCAAGAAAAGUGGCGGAGCUGGUACCCUUUCACGUUUUGUAUAUCGAUGAUCUGGAUCAGUUUCUAUAGCUACAUAAUGGUGUGGAUGAUCACGAUUAUAGGCAGUACUCUAGGCAUUCCCGACACCGUGAUGGGAUUGACUUUCGUUGCCGCUGGUGUGAGUGUGCCGGACGCCCUUUCCUCAUUGGCGGUCAUUAAAGAGGGUCUUGGUGACAUGGCGGUCAGUAACGCCGUAGGUAGCAAUGUUUUCGACAUCUUGGUAUGCCUCGGUCUUCCGUGGUUCAUACAGACCGCUAUGAUACAGCCCGGCUCACACGUUAAUGUUACCAGCAGAGGUUUAACAUAUUCGACCCUUUCUCUACUGUCGACGGUAUUAUUCCUGGUACUGGCAACACACUUUAAUGGCUGGAAGUUGGACCGACGAUACGGCGUGGUCUUAAUGAUCUGGUACUUAAUAUUUAUCGUGUUCGCGUCGCUCUACGAGCUCAACGUCUUCGGCGAGAUGAAUCCGCCAGUAUGCCCUAGCAUGUUUUAAUGUAAAGACGCCUCGUUCGUUUCCGACCUUUGCUUUGCUCAAACGUGGAAUGAUCGUCCGGAGCAAGAAUCGUUCCGGCCGAUUGGUCCACGAACGAUGACGCACGCACGGUCGUAGAUCAUCGUAAAUGCUCAGCGACCUCAUUCGUAUGUCCCUUUCCCCUUCUUCCUACUUAAUAACGAAGACAGCGAGAGACAGAUGAGCUUAGAAGGUAGCUGCAUGUCGAAAAGAAGCACGAUUUUUAGCUUGCUGCGAAAUUGUUGAAGCGACCGUUUGAGAUUUUUAGAUAAGAGCAAACGGCUUAUGUCGUUGAGCUUUUUUUCUUUUUAGGCUGUUGUAGAGAAUCUAGACAAUAUGUGCUCGCGCGUGAGUACACAGGCAUUGUAUUCCAUUGGUGCUAUUGAAAGCGAUAAAAAAAAAGAGUAUUUUGCUUGCUUCCGUUCGACUAACGAGUCUCGAUUUCUUACAAUUAAUUGAAAGUACGGGAAACAUGAAUUUUUCCAAGCAACUAAGUUUUCGGACAGGCAAUACGGCUGUUAAGUUGUAAUUAUUAUCAGAUGACGUAUUGACAGUAUCGGCAGUUGUUUGCUAAAAUCAGAAAAUCGGCAUUAAAUCGACCGUCGCAAAGUUCCAAACUUCUCCAAUCUUAACUCUUAGCCACAGACCUCAUUGUACGUCGCGCGAGAUUUGUCCGAAUUGAUAUAGAAAAGAAAAUGUGAUACGUUUUAUAUCAUCCAUAUCGCGCAAAUGCCUGAGUACCAUGGAAGGGAAAUGCGUCUUGACAAUUAAUCGUUUUAUAUCCUAAACAUUAGAGUAAAAAGAAUCCAGUAGAAGUACGGCUUGUUAGAAUAGAUCUUAGAAGCGUCAUAUCUGCGGCUAAAUGUUAAGACUGUUAACGGUACUGUGCGAGUUGUCGAAAGUCGAUAUCAUUGUGGAAUUGUUACGAACAUGAAAUAAUCGACAAAAGCGGGCGAGAGAACUCUCUCUGUAACUGUCGUCGCAACGUUAAGCGCGAUCCUUAUCCUAUUAUCCGACAUGAUUUCAGAAUAUAACACCUACUCGUAUAUUUUUAAAAUAUAUUUUCUAUCACGGAGCGCGACGUACUGCGUAAAAUAUGAGAUAAAAGAAAAUAUCUUCGCGCAUUUUUCAAGAUGCGAAAGAUUGGGAUGUAUCGAUCUGUAUAUCGAUGUAUACAGGUUGUAGGCUAAUGUUAUAUUUUGUUAUAUGACACAUGUUUCAAAUUUUGAUUGUCUAUAGAAUAGAGAGAUCUGAGAAUCUCUCUCUAUCCUGUAGCCAAUUAACACGCUUGAAAUAGUCGUACGACAAAAAAAAAGGAACAAAUGUAAUAUUAGCUGUACAAGUCAGUUAUGAUUUAAUUCUUGUUUAAUUGAAAUGUGCUUUUGUCCGCCAUUCAAAUGACUAGAAGAGACGAGACUUCGCGAGAUCAAAGGAGAUCCCGCGUUAGCGCGAGUGUAAACGUAAAAUCACUUUUUUUCUAAAAGGGAAGCAAACAAAAAAGAAAGAGAAAGAUAAUGUUUUGAAGCGCAACGCAAAGAAUAAAUCGAGCGUAUUAUUCCCGAGUGACCGAGACUUAAUUCGAAUUCUUUGACAUCGACGAUAUGCGGAAACUUCGCGAGAAUGAUGGAGCAAGCGAAAUUUUAUUCGUGACCAAAAGAGACGGAGGAAGAAAGGGGGAGGGUGCGAGAGAAUUGGUUCUCCAUGAGGGCGAAUGAGCGCUGAAAGUGACAAUAAUUAACGCAGCCUUAUCCGAUGAAAGUAUCUACAACCAGCACUAUUAUACUGCGCGUUCCUUGAGACUGAUUCGCGAAGGGGUCACUUGUAAAUGGGUGGACGGGUACAAGAGAAACAUCCACCUACAGUGUAAUCAGCAUACCUCCGCUUCCGGGAUCCUUUGAUCUUUCGAGCGCGCUGGAAUCGACGAUAUCGAUGACGAGCUGCGGAAUCGCAUGACGGAAUUCCCGCAGGAAUUGCAAGAGAUGGAUAUCGAAAUUAAGAAAAAAAUUGACUCCUUUCGCAUUCCUUGUAUUCUAAAUUCGUUGUGAUUGGCCGGGAAGCAAUAAAAAAAUCACAAUAAUAUAAAUUAAAAUUUCAACAACAUUAAAUAUACGAAGGCAGUUUGAUAAAUCAAUGAUUUCGUUUUAACUUUUUUUUAUCAAAAUUUGACUUAUUUUUUUAAUAUAGUCUCCUUUUCAAAAAAUCAGAAUCGAAUUAUCGAACUGCCUAUGCGCGCGUACAGUGAAGAUACUAAAGAUAAAAAUAUUGCCCAAGAGAUAUUCGAAUUGUAUUCAAAUUGUAUUCAAAUUACUUAACGAAUAACUUGGAUUAAUACGAAUGGAUAGUCAAUGUUCCUAAAAAACAAAAUUAUUUUAUAUAUAGUACAAUUAUUGGCCCAAAAUUGGUCCAAUAUAUCCCCAACAUUUAACGAAUGUAUCCAAUAAAUUGUUAGAAUUAUAUUUAAGAAUCCUGCGAGCAUUCUGUCGAUACAGCUCGUUGGGCUGCAUCUUUAAUAAAUCGGCUGUUUCCUCAAUCGGAUGAUCGCGAGUACACAAGGAUCGCGCAGACGCUUUAGUGUGAUUAUAUAAAUUUAGCGUACGUAUAAUAUAUAUAUAUAUAUAUAAUAUAACGCGAAGAGAGGCUUAGAUCGCGUAAUGACUAUUGACCGUUCAACGUGUUUGUUCACUACGUUUGUCCGUUAUUGUUAGCGCGUUAGAGCGAUUUAUGCAUAUGAAUAUUAUUAUUAUUAUUAUUAUAUAUAUAUAUAUUCGCGUUGCGAUGCGUUUGAUGCCGAUGGCGAAGGGACCGAAAUGUAUCUCGAGACUCUAAGUAUAUUCUGCGAUCAAGGCGAAGAUGAAAGUGUAGCCGAAAACGAGUGCCUCAGCAUCGGACGCAUCGACGCACGGCUUCCAGAAUUUAGGAAGCGCCGCGCCGACCGAGUAAAAAGGCGCCUUAGAUCUUCAUUAAAAGCGGACCAGUCUCACCGUCGAUUUCGUGGGCUCUGUACCGCGGCGUCGACCGCAUAAUUCGAGGAGGAUACAUCGAACCUGGCGAACGAUUUCGUUCGCGCGUACGAAGAAACGAGGGGAGAAUCGUUAGGGGCACGCACCAUUAGGGGUUUCUUCGGCCUCCACCUCGAGAGCGCCCGCAAGUCGAAGGCUUUACGUGCGGUUAGCUACAACGAUUCGUGGAAACGCGUUUAUUGGACGGGAUUGUCACAAAAUUGGAAAUUAAGGAAAUCAAAGAAAUGUCAAGGAAAUUGAAAACAAUCAAGGAAAUCAGGGAAAAUCUGGAAAAUUAAAACUUUUGUAAAAAAGUUUAAUAUGCAUAUACAAUUUUGGAAAACUGUAUACUGUAUUUUUACUACUGACUUAACAAUUAAAUGCAAGCAGUGUCAGCAACAUUAAUGGUAAUUUACAUUGCUAUGCUAAAUUGCAACAAAAUAUUUGACGAUUUCCAAAUCAGGAUGAAAAUACAAAAAAAUUUCAAAAUAUUAUUGAAGGCAUCAGAGAAAAUCAUAAUAUUUUGUCUGGAAAUCAGAGAAGUUAUUUUAGGAUAAGGAGUUUGUGACAAUCCUGUUGAAGGUUUAAUUCAUUCUGGGAAAAUCUUUAGGAAGCAAAGACUCGUAGCCGCCCCUGACGAGGAAAGCCGCGCAAGGGCCCCACGGGUCCGCACUUCGAGCAUCAACGAAUGGAACGUUAAGGACUUACAAUUAGAGUUUAUUAGAGGGUCUACUCGUCUAAUUUCCGUCGAUUUUUUUUUUUACCGUGCAGCCCGAAACCGUCGGCCGAAACGUCGACGAUCGCUCGGGGAACCGGUGUCGUUUAGAGUCAAUUCACCUGUGGCAAUUAUUAACAGUAAUUAGGAGGGUUCGCGGGGUGAUCUAGAGGAUUGGGGGAAUAGGAAAUGCACGCGUCCCUCGUCUCCCGUUUCUCAGGACGCUGUCCGAACGUCGAUCAAUUCGAGGGUGCCCUUAAUAGUGUAAUCGAAGUCAAUAAUGUACCUUUUUAGACGUUCUCUCUUAUAAUUAUAAAUAUUAUAAUUCCGUGAAUUGCCCGUCCUUUUAUGAUGUUCCCAUCACCUCCAGCGGUUCCCAGAGGAUCGCAUUCGGGGAAGCCGACGACGAUAUAUCUAUCUCACCUACAUCGAGUACACUUGUACAAAAUACAGCAGAAUGCUUGCACAAAAUGCAGGAGAACGUGAAGCAGUGUUUAACGUUAACGCAAAAUAAUGAAGGUAGAACCGAAGGGCGUCGGGCGUAGCGGAGAUCAGAUGUAAUCGUGUUGUUGAUCUACCGGAAUAUAAUACGUAGAUUUUAUAUCACGACAUUAUGUACUUAGGUUAUAUACAUAUUACCGUAUAUAUACAUAUAUAUAUAUUACCUGAUUAAUUAAGUUUAUACAGCCGUCUCUCCUCUACUUGCAGUAUUAUCCCAGUCUUCGUCGCGUAUAUACGUUUGAAUACGUUCGUACCUGUUAAAUCGUGAAGGAGAGAGCCCUUCCCCGUCCUCUGUUGUACGAUAAGUAAUCAGUUUCUCUUUUUCGGGAUCUCCUCAACGUCUCGCUUCGCAUUUUAAUCCCGCUUUCUUCUUUGUAAUGGCAGACGCAGUCGCGGUCGAUGACAGCUUCGAAAGUAUCAUAAUUAUAACAAACACACUAUUAUAUAACGUAAGACAUAUUAAAAAAAAAAUAAAAGAACUGUAUACAGCAUAAAGAAAGUAGACAUACAACGAAUACAAUUACAUCGGCUGCCG